CAAUGUCAGCUAUUGCAACAAAAAUCGUUGAGAAAUAUAAACUCACCUCAAAGAUGAAUAUAUCAGAACUUGGUCAAUAUACUUCAGAGUUUCUUGAGAAUCUUACUGAUAAUAGAAAGCGAAAUCAGGCACGCAGAUGUCUUCGGGAUAGCUUUAAAUUUAGCAGUGAACAGAGAAGUAGUAAAACUAAAACUAUAAAUUUUGCAACUUCUGAUAGAUAUCAAGAUCCUAUUUUAAUCCCGCAAGAAUUAAAGAAAGAAACUAUCAAAAAGAUGACACAUCGAUUUUUACAAAACAAGCUUAGUAUUAGGAAUAUAAGAGCUGAAGCUUAUGCCUUAGCCUUAUCGGCAUUAAAUGCUAAUGCUGAAUCGGUCAAAGAAAGAUUGGACAGUUAUGAUACAUCUACUUUGCCCAACUUACAAGCUCUCGCAGAUGUUAUGAUAAUGCUUUGUAUCCACCCUGCUGAACUUAUAUCUUUACGUAUUACAGAUGCUGGAAAGAAUCAAGAACGAGCCAAAGAAUUACUAACCUGGAUACAAAAUGCUAUAUCUUCUGAUCGAAUAGGUGAUCCAGGGGCUGUAUAUGCUGUGAUAAUACAUGAGACAAAGAAUUUAACUCAUGCUAUGACAAUCACUGAAAAAGCUUUACACCACAAUCUGAUAAUAACACCUCACUAG